AUGUUGAUUCAUCAAUGGUUUUUAAAUAGCAGAAAAAAAGGACAUUACAGAGGACUAUUAAAGUUGAGAAAAAAAUGUGAUGAUGCGGGGUUGGCUGUAGAAUCUUGUGUAGAAUAUAGAAAAGAGAAUGAGAGCGAGAGAGAGAUCAAGAAAGAGAAGCAGUCACAUUUGAUGAGAUAUCUGAGGUGCAGCAUUACCUUGAAUGGUGCACUUACGAUUUAUUAA